CCCCCGCCGGUGAACGGCGUAGCGGGUGUCGUAGGGGCGGCUGGGGCAGCCGGCGAAGUAAAACCACCACCACCUGUACCUGUUAAAGAGGACAACAGCGGUGCACCCCAACAGCCUCCACCUAGUGGACCUCAGGUACCACCACCAGCGGGUGCCCCACAUCCAACCGCCCCUGGUGCCCCGACCGCGGCCAGCUUCAGUCCACCCCCGCCUCCAAAUGGCGUGGAUCAACAGGCUAUCUCGGAGGUGUUUCAGGCAGCAGUAGCAGCUGCAGCGGCUGCAGCUGCAGGUGGCGGUGGUCAGCAACCGGCUCCAACGCAAGCCGGAAACGAGAGCAACCCCGAAGGUGCCGUCGAAGGCAACGCUUUGGUACCUGUCACAUCCGGUGCCACCACACCAGCGACCGCGACACAGGGCACCGACCUGAAAGGUCAACCAAAGCGCCUUCACGUCAGCAAUAUACCUUUCCGUUUCCGAGACCCUGAUCUCAGGGCAAUGUUUGGGCAAUUCGGGCCAAUCCUCGACGUGGAAAUCAUAUUUAACGAAAGGGGAAGCAAGGGAUUCGGUUUUGUAACAUUCGCAAAUAGUGCUGACGCGGACCGGGCACGUGAGAGGCUACACGGCACCGUGGUUGAGGGCAGAAAGAUUGAGGUGAACAACGCGACAGCGAGGGUGCAGACGAAAAAACCACCGACGGUACCCAACGUAUGCGUACAAUGGCCAGAGGGUAGGUGCUUCCACGACGUGCCUGAAUCGGCACUGCUGAAUCUCUACUUCGAGAUCCCCGCGGCAUUGAGAGGAGUCGCCAUCCAACGAGGAAGAGUAGGUGCUGCGAGGGCGGCUUUCCCGACUAGUGCAGCAGCUUUGGCCCUCGCCAGGAACCCGGGGCCACUUGCAGCUGCUGCUGCAGCCACGGCCCUGCAUCCCUUCGCUCCCGCCGUUUAUUACGACCCGUUCCUAGCAGCACACGCAGCGACGCAGGAUCCCAACUACAGGCUACAGCUGGAAUGGCCUCAAGCAACAGCUGACGCUAAAGCACCCGCCCUGGAGGCCGCGGCAGCAGCAGCUGCAGCGUCACCAUUGCUGAAGACACCCCUCUCGACGGCUCAGCAGGCCACCUACGCAGCUGCAGCGACCUACACGGCAGUGGCUGCGCGCGCAUACGGCGCAGCUGCAGCUGCGGCACAACCGGUCGCAGGAUAUGCCGCAGUCGCGGGUUACGGGCGUGAAUACGCCGAUCCCUACCUUGGACAUGGUAUUGGACCAGUAGCCGGCUAUGGGGCGACAGUGUACAGGGGUGGCUACAACAGGUUCACGCCGUACUAAGGUUCGAGAGACAGCGAAGCACGAGCCUUCCAAGAGUACAUACUCAGCCGAACAUGACCAGAAGAAAUCGACACAAUCAUCAUCCUCAUCCGCCAUCGAUCACGAUCACCCCACGAAGCGAUGCCUGGAUCGUCCGCGCAUGCUGACGCUAGCCUUCUUCGUGGCUCUCGACGCGAAACAGAAAUGACUCUCAUCUACGAAAUAAUCAUCGUUAAAUCGGAGCUCGAACAAACUCGAAAACAGUCUUCUGAACGGACGAAACGACAGCCAGAGUUUCUCCCGUUGGCGGAGGAAGACGAACAAAGGGACCCCUCGACAAUUGGAAGGAAAAUAACCGAACAAGUUCGACAAGCUACGCGGAAGAAGAUCAAAGGAAUAGAGAAUGAUAUAUACGGAGACGCCUCGAAUUCGAAACGGAUUUAAAACGUGCCUCGAGUUCGAGAUAGUUCGAGAUAGGGGUUGCGAACCGCACGACAAAGGCUUGCUCGAAACGUCGUCGAACUUUUGGAAGCCAUGAUCGAUAAUCGUGGGAGGUAAACGUGGAGAGACGAGGAAAUUGAUAAACCGAAUUACCCUGACAAAGAGGAACGGUUCAAUCGAAUUUCGGCUUUUGGGACAUGCUAAACAUUCCGCUUCCAUUAGCGGAAGAAUACGUUAACACUUUGACAAUUGCUGUCACGUAUUUUUAACGCUUAGCUUCAUUACUCCUUUAUUGGUAAAUACUUUCAGCAACCAUCUCUGAAUUUAAUAAUUUUAUAUGCAGUCUAUAGUAUUAAUUUAAAAGUACAAUUUUCUGGCCACCAUUUGCAUUUAAUGAAGUGUUCAUAAAAUGGCGCCGUUAACGCCAUAACCUCUUCGAAAAGAAAUAUGAAAUGUCAGCAGUCAAAGUGUUAAUAAAAGGUUAAUAAAUGAGGAUCAAAUGAGGUCCGUUUCGAAACGUUUUCGACCAGUUUGAAUUCCGAAGGAACACGUCAGACUUGUUCGUCUCGAGUUCGAAAGCCGGCAGCCAUUCCGACUCUGAUUAAAAGCGAGGGAAUGUUAUCGAAUAUAGCCGGUGUACGUGUAUAUAUACGUGUGUAUAUACAUAUAUAUAUAAAUAUAAUAAGUAGAUAGAUAGAUAUAGGUAAUUGAUCUCUUUAGAAAUCAAUUGUAAUUAUGCAAUUCGUUGCUCGUGCACGUCUCAAUCGUUGGGGUUUUAGAUGCGUCCGGGGUAAGUUUUAUCGCGAACGGGGUACAUUUUAAAUUGUGUAUGAACACAAACGUUGUGCAAGAAAUGAUGGAUUUUGUACAUAAUUUGUUCGAUUUCAUUGGGCCGCGUCGUUGAAAAGCGAACGCGGAGUCGUUCUCGUAUACGAGUUAAUUCGCGGUUUUUCGUUAUUUUUUUGUAUCGCUUUUAUUUGUAAUUCUUUUUUUUUGAAUCAAUGAUCGUCUCUCGGAUAAACGCGUUGGUGUAACUAGAAUUGCGGAACUAAAUUACCUAAUCUUAGGUAGAAUGUCAAAAAAUCGAUUUGAUAAUGGGAUUUCGAAGAUUUAACAUUUGGAAUCUUGGAAAAUAAAAGUUUAAGAUCUUAUCCUGAUCUAGUUACGCCAAUGGUCAGAGAUUAAUACGCGGUUAGGUGAAAGAAAAUGGAGAACUCUCGCAAAUGGCUGCCGGAAAAGGAACUCCUCCUUCGUGUCGACUGGAACUUCCGGAAGCGACACUCGGUGAUCCACGACAGACGAUAGACCAUUUCUUUUCCUUUUUCUUUAGUUAGAUAGCCAAGAGAGAGGCGACGAGAGCAGCGAGGCAGUUACGCGUGUCCGGUAGAGUUUCUAUGCCAAAUAAGUGUAUGUGUGUGUGUGGAGCAUGUGUGUUUGUGUAAAUUUGUGAAUCGAACCAUGACCGAGUGAUUCGAAUAAAUAGCUUCGGGUAGAAGAAAACCUUGAAGAGUCUGAUUGACAGUCUACCGAUUCCUGAUGAAGAUUACGGAACAGCAGCUUCUCUAAAUACUCACACCUUGUCCACGCUUUAACAAAAAGUAGAGGCAGCCUCUUCUCUAAUUACAGGUAGAGAACUUUUAGGAACGUACUUGAACAAAUUUAGUAGUAGAUAUAGCGAAGCAAGUUGGACGAGGUUUCUUUGCUCUCUUAUUUUGUGGAGGAGUUUUUGAUGGAGGAGUUGAAAUCAUUUUAUAUGAAACAUUCAUAUUUUUACAUCAUUUAUAUUUUUCUGCUUCUAAGUCUAAAUUAAAUAUCAACCUCUGACAGUGUGUCAGUUUCUGAUGUGAAAUAAUAUUCUGAAAUGUCAUCUUCAACAAUACAAAUACAGAACUUCCAUCGAAAGUAUUACAAGAUUACAAUUUCUCAACCAAAAAUGAAUCUCCACGUUCGCUAACCAUAAUUUUUGUCCAGGACUACGGUAGAAUUUAAUUAAAUUCAGAAGCUCAAAUCACGUGAUCGAGAAUGUCAAUAUUUUCUACAGACUGAUUCCUUAAAUUUAUUGAUCAAUCUCGAAAUAUUUUAUGUUCCUCAGCCUACAGUCUCUAUAACUAUUCAUUGUAAUGUACUUUAUUUCCUAUUUUAACUCUUCUUUGGAUCUCCAAUUUCGAAACAGUCCAAGACAUUUUGCUGGAAUCUCUCUGAGAUACAUAAACCUCCCUAGUCAAAGAAAGCAUACUUAAUCCAAAGGACCUCUACCGAAGAAGGGUUAAAGGACCAACCCUCGGGUUCGUCCAAUUUAAAGUUCCUGGAUUCGCUAUGUUCUCGAUCACCGACUUGUCCUUCGAGAGGUCAUGUUGCUUUUAAGGAAACAAAAAAUCGGCUAACACACGUACACACAUACAAGCACACACAGAGACAUAAAGAUAGAGUACUCCGAAGCAGGGGUAAACGCAAAAGGGAAAAUGGUACGCACAUUGAGCCGAGUGAGUGAUAAUCCCUGUUACAAGUUCUAGUUAAGUGGAGAUUUAUCGUAAUAAACAUAUACAUAGAUAUAUAAAUAAAUAAAUGAAUAAAUAUAUAUAUAGAUAAGUGGUUGCGUGAUUCGACGUGGAAGCGUGAGAUGGAAGGAAUGCUAGCGAACAAAGUGUGAAUGAAUUUUGAGAACAAGAAUAAAACGAGUAUAUGCGAGAAAGAAAGAGACGUAGGAAAAAGAAAGAUGGCGACAAAACGCUGGUGAGGGGUUGGGAUAAGGGAAGAUGGAAGGGAAUUACACAACAAAGAGUCGUGUGUGAAAUAGCCAAAUAUGACAAAGAUGUUCUUCACAAUCUUUUCGUUCUUUUUUUCGUUCUUUUUUUUCUACGUAGUUAGUUCGUGACAGAUUAGUUGGCUGUCGUCGGUUAUAUACGUUUUAACUCGUAAAUCUAUCGCUAGGAUAGUUAUAUAUAGGCUAGGAAAGAGACAGUGAAAGAAUAUUAAAAAAAAAAUAAUAAAUAAUCAUAUUCUCAUGGUUUUUUUGUUUCUCUCGUUUUGCGUGUGCGAGCGCCAGUACAUGUAAAUAAGAAAUUAGGGAUCGACCGUGGAAAUCGAUUUCGUCGAGCACAAAACUUGUUUUAAGAGCUAAGCCGAACAAUUCUCAGACAUACUCAUGAUUCUUGUAACGUUUAAAUUAACGAGCGUAGAUUUUAAUGCAGACUACAAACGACCGUAAAAAGAUGCUAGUGAUUUAUUGCAUCCACGCGAGGAAACUGGGCUGAAGGGACAAAUUGAUUCAGGAUGAUUCUUAAGAUUCGAUGUAGGUCAAACCACCUUGAUCGGUUAAAAAUACAUUCUCCAUUUGUAGCAAUUUAUUUCUAGCAAUGAAUGACAUUAACACAUUUAAAUGAUAUAAAAUUUAGUCUACAAUUUUUGUAAAAAAUUCUUUUAAAUAUGCGUUCACAUAUUUCAUGAAGUAAAUCAUUCUCCCAAACUGAACAACCGCCAUAUUUAUUUUUGAUGUAACAGAAAAUUUGUACAUAACAUGUAUUAAAUUUUUAAAUGAAAUUUCUGUUGCGUAGAAAUAAAUUUUCAAAUGCGAAGUUUUUGAGCCAAUCAAGAUGGUAUGACUUCAAAGAAAGCUCGUUUCCUCGUCAUUCGUUCUGCACGAUCGUUCCUCCUCGACUGAACGCUUUUUUGUUAUAAGUGCUCGAAGAUAACAUUGAUAUUAGAAAGGAUACGCCAAGACGGUUCAUCCUAGAGGAACGAGCGUGCAAGGACGAUGAAAACCGGGCAAAGAUCUAAUCCCUGUAUAUUGUACACUGUAAUUACAAUUUAUACUUUACUCGUAAUCGAUACCUUUAUCGGUAGGCUAUUACAACUAGUGGCUAGCGUAAGUCAAGCUCAAAUCUAGGCGAGAACCCAUCGUCUUAUUCUUCGUCACGAGUGCACAACUUCCCUUCUCCCCGUUGAUUCCUCCUCCUCUUGUUCCUUGACUCUUGGUUUCAUUCUUUCAGCGUGUUCGAGUGCGCAGGCCUAUCGUACACGAUUCUCGAUACUUUCUAUUUGUGUUCUCUUUGCCACUUUUCGUUACAUUGUAAUUGGCUACGCGUCGAAGCGACUGACCACAUAUUGUAUAUGUUUGCUGACCCGAUUCGACACUGUAAUAUUUUGCACAGAGUGUUUCGUAGAACACGAUUUGUUACAGAAUUCGAAAUAUUUGCACCAGCAAAAUUAUUU